UACCUUAUUUCUUUGAUGAUGCGUAUAUCUCUAUACUUAUGUGAUUGUUACCUUAUUAAUUAACAGAAAUGUUUUUGCUUUUUUUAUAAUUUGAUUUUUUUUCUUUGUUCUCACAUUUAACUUUUUUCUAACACACUGAGCUCACAGUAGAGACCACACAGAGUGUUAAUGUGGUUUGUUGUUUGAUAGUGUGACUUUACAUUACUGUGCCAUUCAGCAAAAAUCUGCAGUACUUUAUAAAACAGAUGCAAGUGAUGAAGUUACAGUUAACUACAGUGCCAUGACAGUAGUAUGAAUUACUAUGACAAUAUGAUGAUUUAUGAUUUAAAUUACAAUUCAUAUUUUAGUGUCUCAAGGCAUUUUUUUACAAACGAUGAAUUUACACAUUGUUUGGACGUGUGUAUCCGUUUCUCUCCCCCAUUUGCAGUCACAAGGAAACUAGGUACUUAGCAACGUAAUAUGAGAUACAUUACCAUUACUUUCUCCAGAUAAACAAGGAACUGAGAUUUUUCUGACUGGCACAAAGUUGCAAAGUUCUUCAGAAAUUAAACAUUAAAAAGUUCUUCAGGAAUUAAACCUUAAAAAGUUCUUGUUUCAUAUGUAAAAUAUAUUUCAAAUGUGAUGUUCACUUCACUGUCUGGGGGCCCUGAAUGACUAAUGCACGUUUUUGUCAGAAGCAGUUUAGCUUUAUUGUUUUGUAUGUCUUUUCCAGUUUCCUGAAGAGUAAUUAGCAUAAAUACAACAUAUUCAGAAUACUGUUAUAUGUUUUAAACAAAAUAAAGUUUGACUGCAUAAUUCUUUUAUUAUAUAUUUGUUCAAAAAUCAUAGCUUUAAAUUAGGCUUAAAAGAUAUGAAAUGCAAACAGGGUGGAGUUGAUCUUCUCCAAAGACUCAAACAUCUUUUGCUUUUGCAUUAAUAUGCUUAUGAUGGUGACUUGAUGGUCACUUAUUCUCUUAUGUUUUACAAAUUCAAUUAUUAUGUCUCUGGGUUGUAUGUGAUAGAUAGAUAGAUAGAUAGAUAGAUAGAUAGAUAGAUAGAUAGAUAGAUAGAUAGAUAGAUAGAUAGAUAGCACCACCUUGUGUUUGUAACAGGCAGUAGCUUUAAACCAACCUAAUGUACAGAUUUCCUUUUCUUCCUCUUUGGCAGAGUUGGGAGCAAGGUGGUACGUUUACGGUGGAUACAAACUUAUUGCUCCUUUAUGGAAGUGGUGAUCUAUAUAAUGACUCCAUUGAUGAAUAUUGCUGUGAUGGGGGUGAUAUAUGUGACCUGAAUGAGGGCAUAAAGUUUGAAGCAGUGGUCAUCCCAGCUCUGUACUCUAUGGUGUUUGUUGUGGGUCUCCUGGGAAAUGGAGUUCUGCUGGGAGUUCUGGCUCAGAGCAGGAAGACCUGGAGUGUGACAGACACUUUCAUCCUCCACCUUGGUGUGGCAGAUGUCCUGCUGCUGGUUACUCUGCCCAUCUGGGCUGCACAGGCCACUCAAGUUGAAGGUUGGACAUUUGGUGUUCCACUCUGCAAGAUCACUGGAGCUGUUUUUACGAUCAACUUCUACUGUGGGAUCUUUCUGCUGGCCUGCAUCAGUCUGGACCGCUACCUGUCUAUCGUUCACGCAACACGUAUGUACUCCCAGAGGAAGCCUUGGGUUGUUCAGGCCAGCUGUUUGGCAGUGUGGCUCUUCUCCCUGCUCCUCUCUAUCCCUGACUGGCUAUUUUUGGAUGCUGCCUAUGAUGACAGACGAAAAAAAGCAGAGUGUGUUCGCAACUACAUGCUUUCCAAUGAGACAGUACUAGGCUUACGUGACUGGCGACUGGCAUCACGCCUGCUUUACCACACAGUGGGCUUCAUGCUUCCUUCUGCUGUGAUGAUUUUCUGUUAUUCCUGCAUCCUGCGGCGCCUGCGGUGUGGCACCCAGGGCCUUCAAAAGCAGAAAGCUUUCAGGGUAAUUGUGGCUGUGGUGGGGGUUUUCUUUCUUUGCUGGUUGCCAUACAACAUCACACUCAUGGUGGACACACUUCUUCCCGAAAACAAUGAGACCUGUGGAGUCAGAUCAUCUUUGGAGAACGCCAAGACAGUUACCUCCUCCAUCGGUUACCUCCACUGCAGUCUCAAUCCUAUCCUGUAUGCCUUUGUGGGUGUUAAGUUCCGGCGUCAGCUCCUGGCCAUCCUGAGGUCUCUUGGCUGCAAGCUGAAGACAAGUGCCAAAUUCCAAUCUGCUGUGAGCAGCAGGAGAAGCUCCAUUUGGUCUGAGUCUGCUGACACCUCCAACUCCAUUGCAAUCUGACAGAGACACACAAGCAUUAUAGUAAGCAUAUGGACAAAUGUACAUACACUUACAAACUGACCUAAACUGACAUGAAGACCCAGGCAGCUGAGCAUACUGUGUGUUUCUAUACAUUUCAUAACCUGUAACAGUCUAUGCUUUCUAUCAGUUUCCUGCAGGGCAUUAGUACCUGAAAAAAGGCAUGACCACAAGACAAAAAAAUCCCUGUCAACCUGUGAUUUGAAGUCAUGUGUGUGCACUUGUGGACAUUUGUUUUUUUUUUUUUUUUGUACAGUA